UGAAUGUUCAGUGAGUCAUUCAGAUGCAUCUGGGAGGUCCAACCGGUCAGUAGUGACAGCAAAGAGGACAUCUGACAACACAUCUCAAAGCCAGUGAGACCUUGUGGGUGAGAGACGGCGACUGAUCAGGACAGUGGUUUUCGAGUGUAACAGAUGACUUCUUCCCACAAAGCCACAGAAGAUCCGGAUGAAACCCAAGCCUCAGAUGCGAGCCAGUUUGAUCUAGCAUCCGAGGGGCCGCAUGUGUGUGUGUGUGUGUGUGUGGAGAGCGAGGCUGGAGGGAGGAGUGUUUGAGUGCAUGACAGUGGGAUGAGAGAGAUCUCAGAAGAGAGAUUGUUCCAGUGCUGGAGGUGAUCCUGCAUGGACGCAACGCCUGGAUGUGGCGUUUUUAUGACUGUUUGCUCUGGUUGUGUCCUUUUCUGACCACAUCUCUGGAGCAAAGCGGCUCUUCUGUGCUGGAAUGAGGAAGCUCAGGCUGGACAUUGAGUCUGUCUAACAUUAAGGUGGAUGUCGAUAAGCACCAUGACCCAACAGCGUAGCAUCAACACUGCUUGCUGACACGGCGCAGCAAAGGAUGCUGGGAAACACCAAGCGUUUUUUUGGAAGCGCCGAGGACAAAGAAGGUGAAGAUGAGGAGGAUGAGGAGGAGAGAUUGAAGAGAGCAAAACAAAAUGGGAUGAUCGAUAUGGGAGAGAAGGAGCACCAGAACCGGGCCGGACGCAAGGGGGACGGAUCCAAACCGGCGGCUGUCGUGAUUGGAUGGCAGAGAGGAGAGAGGCAGCCGAGGGCUGGCAAUCCGGCCCAGAGAGGAAUCCCACAUUUACCCAGUCAGCCGACGCUUUAUCAUCAGACAACCAAUCAGCCGCAGUAUCACCCGGUCUUGACCAAUCAGCAGGCCCGACGGCGUAUGAUGGAGCGGAGCAUGACCACAGUCACGCCUGCCGAAGACUCGCACCUCCCCGUUAUCGUUUUCCGCAUCGGGAUACCGGAUAUCAAACAAACGAAGUGUUUGCGGUUUGAUCCCGACGCGAGUGUUUGGAGUGCAAAGCAGCAGAUUAUUUGUUCUCUCAGCGAGUCGUUGUGGGACGCUUACAAUUACGGCCUCUUCCAGCCAGCUGGAGACGGACGAGAUGCCAAGUUCCUGGAGGAGGAACGCUUGCUUCGAGAGUUUUCCCAGUCCCUGGAGAAGGGAGUGCCCUACCUGGAGUUCAGAUACAAGACACGAGUUUACAAACAGGCAAACCUGGAUGAGAAACAGCUAACGAGGCUGCACACUAAGGCCAAUCUAAAGAAGUUCCUGGAUUAUGUUCACGGUGGAGCUGUGGAGAAAUUGAGUAAAGCUCUGGAGAAAGGACUGGAUCCGAACUACCAUGACACUGAAAGCGGAGAGACGCCUCUGACUCUGGCGGUUCAGGGCUGUCUGAGCGUGGAAGGGAUUCGUGUUCUGGUGCUGAACGGAGCUCAUGUGGAUUUCAGAUCCAGAGACGGACUCACACCCCUCCACAAAGCAGUCAGAGCACACAACCAAUCCACACUGAUGGCUCUGCUGUCUUUGGGUGCUUCUCCGGAUUAUCGAGACCGCUGUGGUCUGACGCCGCUGUACCACUCAGUGCUGACAGGGGGCGACACGUCCUGUUGUGAAACUCUGCUGUACUAUCGAGCACAACUGGGAGUCAGAGAUGAGAACGGCUGGGACGAGUCACACCAGGCGUGCCAGCAUGGAUUUGCCCAACACUUAGAGCACCUUCUGUUCUAUGGUGCGGACACCACUUCCCAGAAUGCAUCAGGAAACACUGCCCUCCACAUAUGUGCCCUUUACAACAAGGAGAGUUGCGUUCGGGUCCUUCUUUACCGAGGAGCCAGUAAGGAGAUCAAGAACAAACAUGGUCAAACCCCCUUCCAGGUUGCUGUGAUGUCGGGCCAUUUUGAACUUGGAGAAGUCAUCAAAAAUCACAAUGAUGCAGAUGUUGUUCCAUUUUUGGAAACUCCCAAAUACGCUCCUCACUUUCUGGACGCUGUGUUGAAUCAGCCCAUCACGGCUGGCCUUCAGCAUCCUCACCCGCUGCUCCGCGCCAAGAGCGAGAACACGAUGACAACGCUCAUGGAUCCCGUAGUGAUGCCCACCGCUGCCGCCAGCAUGCCACCUGCUCAGACUCAACGCCGGGCCUCUUUCGCUUUGAGGAGCUCCAGCAGUCCCCGUGGAGCCCGAACCCGGUCCCCGUCUCGUGGGAGGGAGGGAGGAGAGAAGGAGGAAAAGCAGGAAAAACAGCAAAAGCAGCGCGGGAGGCAGGGAGGGGGCGGAGGUCAGAGGAAGAGGCUCUACAGUGCCGUCCCAGGCCGCGUGUUUGUGGCGUCACGAUCUCACUCCGCUCACGGUGAGCGCGAGAUCAGCUUCAGCAAAGGGGACAAGGUCAAAGUGUUGAGUGUAGGUGAAGGAGGAUUCUGGGAAGGAACAGUGAAGGGCCGCACUGGCUGGUUUCCUGCUGAAUGUGUAGAAGAGGUGCAGCCCCAAAACCAGGAGCAGCACACAGAGAGCCGCAGUGAGAAGGCGAAGAGGAAACUGUUUCGUCAUUACACAGUAGGAACGUACGAUGGCCUCGAAGUGCCCAGGUGGGAACAGAACAAAAUCUGUGUUCACAUAUUACGAUGUUAA